AUGACCGAGGAGGCAUGCCGGACCCGAGGCCAGAAGCGGGCACCUGAGCGGGACCCAGCUGAGGAUGAUGCCGACAGCAAGAGAGUGAAGAUGGACAGAGGGCUGGUCACCUCGGACUUGAUGACAGGGGCUGACACGACAGUGCGGGCUGAGCCAGGCACAGUCCUAGGCCCAGGGCUGCCCAAAGCAGGCGAGAUGGGGAGAGCAGGUGAAGGGCAGGCAGCUGAUGGGCCCGUGGACAUGCGUACCUCGCAGAGUGAUAUGAAGGUGGAGAGGAGAGCCCCCUCACCAGAUGUGAUUGUGCUCUCAGACAGUGAGCAGCCCACCAGCCCACGGGUGAAUGGGCUAACAAGGAUGGCACUGAUGGAGACGAGCACAGAGGUCCUCAUGAAAAGUAGUCCUGAAGAACGGGAACGGAUGAUCAAGCAACUAAAAGAAGAGUUAAGAUUAGAAGAAGCAAAACUCGUCUUAUUAAAAAAGUUGCGGCAGAGUCAGAUCCAGAAGGAAACCACUGCCCAGAAGCCCACUGGCUCCUCCUCAAGCUCUGUCACUACCCCUCCCCCGCUUGUGCGGGGCACUCAGAACAUUCCUACUGGCAAGCCGUCAUUACAGGCCUCAUCAGCCCGCAUGCCUGGCAGUGUCAUCCCGCCACCCCUGGUCCGUGGUGGGCAGCAGGUGUCCACGAAGCCAGGGCCACAGCCCAACACCCAGGUCGUCAUGCCCCCACUCGUCCGUGGGGCCCAGCAAAUCCACAAUAUCCGACAGCAUUCUGGGACAGGGCCACCCCCACUGCUCCUGGCCCCCCGGGCAUCCGUGCCGAGCGUGCAAAUCCAGGGGCAGCGGAUCAUCCAGCAGGGUCUGAUCCGCGUUGCCAACGUACCCAGUGCUGGUCUGCUCGUCAACAUCCCCCAGGCCUCUCCAGCAUCACUGAAAGGGACGACAGCCACCUCUGCCCAGGCAAGCACCACCACCACAGGUGCCACGGCUGCGGCUGCUCCUGGUGAUUCCCCGGCCAGCCGACAGGCAGCUGCCAAGCUUGCGCUACGCAAACAACUGGAGAAGACGCUGCUGGAAAUCCCCCCACCCAAGCCCCCUGCCCCUGAGAUGAGUUUCCUGCCCAGUGCUGCCAACAAUGAGUUCAUCUACCUGGUGGGCCUGGAGGAAGUGGUACAGAACCUACUGGAGACGCAAGCAGGCAAGGUGUCAGCUGCCACAGCACUGUUGUCCCGCGAGCCCUACAUGUGUGCACAGUGCAAGACGGACUUCACGUGCCGUUGGCGUGAGGAGAAGAGUGGAGCCAUCAUGUGUGAGACCUGUAUGACCUCCAGCCAGAAGCGGGCACUCAAGGUGGAGCACACGAGCCGGCUGAAAGCUGCCUUUGUGAAGGCGCUGCAGCAGGAGCAGGAGAUGGAGCAGCGGCUGCUGCAGCAGGGCAGCCCCACACAGGCUAAGGCAGAGCCUACCACUGCGCCACACCCUGCGCUCAAGCAGGUCAUUAAGCCCCGGCGUAAGGCGGCGUUCCGCUCAGGAGAGGCCCGCAACUGGACUAAUGGGGCCGAGCUACAGGCCUCCAGCCAGCUGUCCCGGGGCCCCACCGCGACAUCCCGCAGUGUCCUGCAUACCUUCAGCCAGUCGCCCAAACUGCAGAAUGCAGCUGUGGCCCUCGCAACUAGGACCAGCAAGCAUUCCGAGAGGGCUGUGGGUGCUGGCAAGGGCAGUGCCACCCCUGGCUGGAAGAAGGCAACCCUGAGCGCAGGCGGGGCUCUUGCCUUUGUCAGCCCAGGCCUGGCGGUGCAUAAGGCAUCCUCAGCUGUCGACCGCCAGCGCGAGUACCUCCUGGACAUGAUCCCACCACGUUCCAUUCCCCAGUCGGCCACGUGGAAAUAG